AUGGGCCGGCGUUCUUGAUCACGGCAACCUGCUGUUCUCGCCGACGACGGUGACGCAUUUGACGGCUGGCGCGGUGUCGGGCGCGCUCGCACGGUGCGUCACUGCGCCCAUCUCACUCUCCAAGACACGGUUCCAGAUCACCCAGCAGUGCUCGGUGGCCGGCGCAACCGAGGCCUCGGCGCUCAAGGCCUCGCUCAAGGAGCUCGCUGCCGCCGAGGGCCUGCCUGGCCUGUGGAAGGGCAACACGACAGCGGUGGCACGGAUGAUCCGUUUAUGGGCAUCCGAUUCGGCGUGUUUGAGGAGAUCAAGCUCGCACUGACCCUGCCAGACGAGUCGGGCGCUGUGGUCUCGACCGGCCUCGCCCCGCCGUCGCCGUUUGGCCCAGUUGAGAAGUUUGCCGCCGGCUCGAUCGCUGGCCUCACUGCCGUCCUCUGCACCUACCCGCUCGACUUGAUCAAGGUCUCGCAGAUGGUGGCACCGCGCGGGCACCCGCUCGGCUCGUUCUCGUCAGCCAUUGCGCUCCACGUGACUGCGGCCAUGCACCCCAACCGCCCGCGGGCCGCGCUGACCCGGGCCACCAUCCGCGGCAUGUUCCGUGGCCUACUCCCGACAUGCAUCGGCAUUGUGCUCCACGACGGUGCAGCCUUUCUUGUGUUUGAGACAGCCAAGGAAGUAUGGAUUGCGUCCGAGCUGACUCGCGCUACCUCGGUAGCAGAGCUCGCCUUUGGCCAGCACUUUGUCUUUGGCGCCCUUGCCGGCAUGGCUGCCCGCUCGAUCUCGCUCCCGUUUGAUGUUGUUCGCAAGCGACUCAUGGCCCAGCCACUACUGGAGGCUAUGGGCAAGCCCCAGCCGCUCCGCUUCGCCACCAUGGCCGCCUGCAUCCGCGACACUGUUGCCCACGAGGGCUGGCGCGCAUUGUGGCGCGGCCGGGUCUCCAACCGCAUCUCGAUGGUCCUCUCGUCGUCCAUUACCUUUGCGGUAUACGAAAAGGCGAAAAGGGUGCUCGAGGCAUGGGUGUAUGUGGACGACGACUACGACGACCACGCAAGUCGCGACGGUUGAUGCGAUACACACUACGAUGCGCCCAGCGCGCUAUCGUCUGUGGCUUCUCCGCUCCCUCCGCCCCCACUCCCGCUCACUGUCGCAUACGGACAUCUUGGGUCGGUACAGAGGGUGAGCGGUGGAGGCGGCGGCGGAGUCGGCACUGGGCACGCAUGGUUCAUGCCGAACAGCGAGAUGUUGAGGUGCUCGCGCAUCUCGUCGAGCACGCCGCCCACAAACUGGGCAUACACCAGGAGCGUGACCACAAACACAGUGCGGAGCAUGCCGAGCUCCGGCACCAGCGAUGCCCGCCCGGACAUGUACGCCGCGUACGAGUUGAAGCACGCAAACGGGAGCGGGAGCAUCAUCGAGUGGUAGACUGGGAACAGCUGGUCGGCCAGCCGCGCCACUAGCAUCGACGACAUCAACUUGGACAUGAGCAGGCCCGAGAGCGAGAUAAACAGCCGGG